GGACUGACACGCCAAGGGUUUAAUGAGAAACACGGAGACUCCUCCCAGUCAAGGUUUUACCUCCGGGGUCAAAGUUUAACACCAGAUCAAGUGGCAUCGGGUGAUGUCCCUUUUAAGUUUAACCCGGAGGAGAAAGCCAACCAAGGGAGACUAUUUAGGUAAACAAAAUGUACGAUAGUAUACUAUACCACACCAUGCAAUACUGUAAAAUGGUAUACCAUACAAUUAUUUCCCAUGCCAUCUCAGACCAGACCAUAACUUUCCAUACCAGACCAAAGAAGACUAUACCUUACCAUAACAUACCUAAAAAUAAAUUACCAUACCAGACUAUACCAUAUCAUAUCAUACCAGACCACACCCUGCCAGACCAUACCAGACCACACCAUACCAUGAAAUACCAUACCAUACCAUACCAUACCAUAGAUACCAUGCCAUAAGUUAUCAUACCAUACAAUAACAUACCAUAUCAGACCAUAAAAAGAUAUCAUACCAUACAAUAACAUACCAUAUCAGACCAUACCAGAGCAAUUUGACAAUUAUUUUUCUAAUAGAUCGAACUAAACGUACACCAGAAUCAUUGAUGCCCAAUUAUAAUGGACCAUAGUCUAGCUUCAACACUAUGCCAUGUCUUACUAUACCAAACAAACAAAAAUAUACUAUAUUAGACGAUAAUAUGAUAAACUAUACUAUAUUAUAUGAUACUGUUUUAUACUACACCAUUCGAUACUAUGCUAUACGAUACUUUACGAAAAUGUAAUGUCUCUUACGAUAUUUCACGAUUAUAUAACAUUCUAUGUGAUACUAUACAAUACUAUACUUUAAUUUACUAUACUAUACUCUACUACACUAUACCAUACAAUAAUAUACUAUACGAUACUAUACAAUACAAUAAUAUGCUAUACGAGACUAUACUAUACUGUUCUACACAAUAUUUUACAUAACUUUAUAUGUUAUGUUAAUCUAUACUAUUGUAUAUUUUUCUACAAUUUUUAACCAAAAAAAAAGUCAAUGUUGAUCCACAAUCGUCUCAUCCAUUCCUCUUUGUCAUGCGUUUUCCAGUCAACACAUAGGUGAAUACAUUUGACUAAGAUUAUCUAACCAUAACACUAUCGUAUACACGAUCUUGCUGGCUGCCGUCCAUGGUUUUCCUUGUAAAAGUUAUGUGGUGGGGUGGGUGAAUAUACAUUGCUGUUCUUCAUUUCAAAAAUGUAUUUUAUUUUAAUGUCAUGAUUAUGUCUCUUUUGAUAAAAUUUUUGUGUGCAUCGUGGUGAGCCCAGCCCUAGGCUGGGGUACCGCACUGUAUAAGACCUCUUAUUAUUACUAUUAUUAUUAUUAUACACACAACCCUUUCCCCAACCUCCCAGGUAUUACUUGGAGAAACUCACAGGUUACAACGGCACGGAGGUAACACAGGACAUCCUGAUGCAGCUCAAAGUGGCAGACGGCAGAUACCUGCAUAGGAUACCGUAUGUUUGAUAUGGUCAUCAAUGUCUUUACAUGAUUCCGUAUGUAUAUGUGAACUCACCUUUAACUCUAAAAUGUAUGGUGUUCGUGAUGUAUUGUCAGAUAUUUGUACAAGAUUUUGGAAGUAUCUGCAGCUCACUAUAGAUCAGGUAACAAAUUAACACAAACUAAACACACAUUUCUACCCAUCCAUCUAUCCAUCUAUCCAUCUAUCCAUCUAUCCAUCUAUCCAUCUAUCCAUCUAUCCAUCUAUCCAUCUAUCCAUCUAUCCAUCUAUCCAUCUAUCUAUCUAUCUAUCUAUCUAUCCAUCUAUCCAUCUAUCCAUCUUUCCAUCUAUCCAUCUAUCCAUCUAUCCAUCCACAGUGUGAACGAGGCCCUGGACAUGGUGGCCACGCCCGACGGCAAGGAGUUCUUGAAGGCGAUUGACCUCUUUGACUUUGGUGAGGCGCCCGACGCCAGCUUUCUAACAAUGCUGGAGAACAACUUGGGGCCGUACACGUGAGGGAAUUUAUAGUGCUACAUAUUAUUGUUGGUCAUCAACUUCUGUUUCGAUACGAUUCUAUAAAGCACCACACAGACAACAAUAAUAAAGUAAAAUCCAUGAAUUAUUAGGAAGACUAAUAGUAAAGUAGAGAAUUUUUGUAAAGUUGAGGCCCAGGGGACUUGAUAAUUUGGGGCCUGAAAUCCCCCCACCCUGAAUUUCCUAUAAGGCCUCAAAUGUCACCUCUUUCCCCUACGAGGCUUGAAAUCUCGCUUUUAUACCCAAUAUAGCAUCAACUCGCCAAAAUUCAUAAUAGAGCCAGUAACCUUGUCUCAAAUUCAAUGAGGUCUUAUCGGCCAUUUAUUCCAUCACCCUCUCUCUAUAUAUAUAUUUUAAAGCCAUAAAUAAUCUAAUAUAUUUAUUGGUAAUAUUAUUGAUAUUUGACGUUACAUAUAUUUGAUCUAAUUUUGUUUUCUGUACUUUGAUAUUUAAUUUUUCAUUUUUUUUUACAUUUUAUCUCUAUAAACUUACGAUCGCCGCUAAUUUUGACUCACAGAGGCAAUUAUGUCGUCUACGAGAUCAAGGAAGGCAUGUCGGCGGUACCAAAAGGAAUGAUCCGAGCUUUCUUAAAUGCCAGUGCCAGGUCAGAUGUCAGCAUGUUGUGUCAUCGUGUUGGUAUAACGUCAUGCAACCCCUCCCCACCCCCUAGGAAAAAUGUGUACAACAAAAAAAAUAAACAAGAUUUUCUGUCAUAUAGAACUACUAAAUUUUAUUUUUUUAUAGAACAGUAAUAGAAACGUGUGCCUUUCUCCGAUUCUAAGUGGAUAAUUAAGUGGAACCUAUGAAAUAUCGCUACACCCGAUACAUUUAUGAUCCCUAUCUUUAAGGGCCAAUCCUGUUGCAGGCUUACAGAAUUCGAUUAUAAAUAUCGUAUUGCUUUAAAAACCCACCGCCCCUGAUCACAUUUCAUAAAUAUCUGACUUAUCGGCUGCUCGCAUACAUCGAUAUUUUUAUUGAUUAAUUUUGUUGAAAUUUCACAAGUUUAAACACUUUAAGAACGCUGUAUUAAAAUACCUUUAUGUCAAAUAUGAAAAUCUACAAUUUUAUUGCAAUUCUUAUUUAUUUUCAAACAGGUGCAGUCUAUUUUUUAAAUUAUAUUUCAUCAUAAAAGCAUGACUUUUAAAGUACUGAUAUGUGCUAUAUAUAAAAUGUUUGAUAGCAAUAUGAUUUUAAAAAAUUUAGUUAUUUGCCUAAUUUUAAUUGUAAUCGAUGUCAUGUCUACUAAUUUAGAAAAAAAAUAAAACAAUUUAAAAAUGGCAUUUUUUAAAAACAAAAAUAGAAAUUUAACGCGUGCUUACAAAAUAGCGGAUGUAUCUUCAAAAUCAAUUUUUUAUAAAAUCGAAAGCGUGUGUGUUUUCUUAAAAUGCGCUACUGUCGUAACACAGGUGUAUAAGAAAAAAACAAACAUUGCCAAUAUUUAUUAAAUUAAACUGCUUUUCUCUUUUAAUAUCAUAAUAAUAAAAAAUUUUCUUAAGCUAUCUGAAAUGCAUUUUAAAAAAAAGAAACUUUAAUUUUACGUGGGUUACAAUUCAGUAGAAAUCCACACACACCCCCCAAAAAAAAAGGAAAAAAAAAGUGAAUAAUAACAUAAAAAAAGUACUUUCAGGAACGCAUGUUGGUUUGAUUUAAUUGAAUUUAGAGAAGUCAUUCGGUUUCAAUUUUGAAUACUUCUCAACAAUGUGUUGAUCGAAUAAUCAUCGAAUUUUCAAGAUAUGAUUUUCAUCACUAUAACGAAUCAUCAAUCGAUAUGAAUAGUAAACGACCGCAUUGGAUUUCUUAUUUGUUUCCUCAUCUGUUUGUGGAUUUCUCAAUUUGAUGUUGAAAAGAUAUCCAUCUUCUUCUUGUCAAAAUAAAAUUUGAUAUUGCAAUCCGUCGAAUGAUCGAGGAGUUUCUGAGACUCGCUGAACAUCAACAUUUCUGCAAUGAAACAUUAUAUUACUUGAGUUAAAUUGUUCGACAACUAAAAUGAUCAUCACUUAAUAAAUUGUUGUUGUAGUGUAUUGUCUUUCGUGUUGGCCGAAAGGUGUUUUUUAUGCUCUGAAUACAACAUUUAGUCAUCAGUUGGUGUAUGUUCAAGGGCAGUUCUGAAAAAUCGAAUUAAUUUGCUGUGUUCCAAAGAAUAAAGGUUGCAAUGCAGCGAAAAUUUCUCGUAGUGUGCCCGCACUUAUUUGAAAACAUUGAUCGAUUUUUUAAUUAGUAUUUCACAUGGAGUAAAUUUAAAUAAGUUUGUGAUCUGUGUUCGGCAGUGGUAGUAGUGAUCAUGCAUGAUGAUGAAUGUGCCCUUGAACUUUAAAUGUUGGCAUGUAACUCUCGUGCACAUCAUUUGUUGCACCGGGCGAUGCCAAUUUGAAAAAUGAUUUGUACUUGGGUCUGUUUCACAAGAAUGUUAAGAUUGCUUUUGCGUAGCCUGAUACCAACGUUAAUAAUGGUUCGGGUGGUGAAUUUAAUUCUGGCUAUUUCACUUUUUCACCCACGCAACACAUUUUUUGUUGUUUCAAUCUUAAAUUUGAGGGCACUGCAAUACACGCAUAUUUCAUCAUUUUUUCCAGAAACCACAAUUGCAUGAAGAAUGUAAUCAUAAUUAGCAUCGUUAUGGAAUGCAUUAAGAUUUAAUUCAGCGUGCAGUGUUUGAUUUGAUCGAACAGAGCGUAAACUAUCGAGAUCCAGUCUUGCUUACCGUUGCUUGACUGUGUCAGUCGUACGGGCUUGAGCAUUGCGUACUCGAGCAGUUUCCAAUAUCGCAUUUUGUUCCUGGACUGUUUCCGAAGAUCAUGAUGACUUUUUCUUACGAUCUUGCGGUGUAGAUAGACCACUAUCUUUUCGUUUGUGUGGUAUAACUGAUUUGACAGUGAACGUAAUUCUUUGUGAUGAAUUACAAAUGUUUGUGAUAGCUAUUAUUAAAUGUUGAUCGGGAAUUGGAAUCCUCAAUGACCACCACUUGUUACGUCACACAAAAACUGAAAUGUUUGCUGUUGGUAUAUAAUUCAAUUUAAUUAUGUUACUAUAUUUCUAACGUUAAUAACUUACAUAUUUUAGGAUCUUACUUUUUUCACAUGAACAACUCCCGGAGUAGGUACGUUUACUCACAGCAGAAGACUUCCAUUUGUCUAGGGGUUACAUUACUUUAUGAAAAAAAAACACCAGUUUUAAAAGCUCGACAUUACCGUAGUUCAAUCCAUAACAUUCAAUUAUAGAAGCACUCUAUCAUUGCUAUACAAAACCAUAACACAUUCACAACGUCAUUUCCCAUACUCAAAUAUAUCAGCAAAUACAAGUCCAUAUAAACUGAUACACAAAUACUUUUUACAGCCAAAACAACAAAAAACAAAUACUAUUCUGACCACACAAGGAAUCACAUUCUCUCAAGAACUUAAAAUGUAUUUUUACCACACAAUAAUUUAAAUACACUAAAGAAACUAACAAGUAUACUGACCACAAAAUUAUUCACAUACACACAAGAGCCUAAAAUGUCUUUUGACCACUCAUUAAUUUAAUUAAAAUAAAUAAACAAACAAGUAUGCUGCCCACACAAUGAUUUACAUACACGCAAGAAUCUAACAAAUAUGAUGACUACAUAAUGAAUCACAUACACUCAAAACCUUAACUACUAUUCUCUCCACGCAAUGCUUGACAUACACUCAAGAACCUGAAAUCUAUUUUGACCAUACAAGGAUCGACAUGCACUAAAGAACCUGACAUCUAUUCUAACAACACAAUGAGACAUGCGAUUAACUCAUUGUAUCAGAAAUAGCAUUCUGUGGAUAUCGGUAUAGCGGGGUUCACCUGUACAAAGUUUUUGAUGGACAAUGUUUUUGGUUGUGCAUUGAUUUUAAAUGAUUUUGAAUGGGGAAUUAUUUCGAUUGUUUAAACAUGCAAUGGCUCAUAUCAAUCGAACUUCAGAUCGAUGUUUGGAACCGUGUUUUCCCAUGUGCCAGGCAGAUGUUACAACCAUCUGGAACGUAAUCUACAUUGUUUACUUGCAGCCCCAGCGUGUCAAUUAAUCGAUAUUAUUUGUCAAAUAUUUUACUCACCUGUCAUUUCAAACCUGUUGUUUUAAUCUCCUCUUAUUUUAUUCACCUUUCAUGUAACUCAUCUUUUGUUUAACUCAUCUGUUUUAAAUACAUUUAAAAACAUUUUUUUACAUUUUUUUAUUUUACUAAUCUGAGUUUUACUCACCUGUUAUUCAACUUACACGUUAAUAUUUUUGCCUGUUAUUUCACUUAACUUUCAACGGUAUCCACCUACAGCCACGCGCUGUCACUCAACAAACGCCUGGUGUCCAUCACUCGUAACAAGGCAGGCGAUUACCUACUAACCUUCCAGCAGACGCAGACAAUAGAUGGCGUCACAAAAAAUACGGUGAAGCGGGAGUUUUUUGUCUAUAGGUUUUAAUUUCUGUUUAAUCUCUAAUUUUUUUGGUCGAACUGUGGACCGUAGAUUUACAUUACGCAAGUUAAGUGCUUUUUGGUAUUGAAUUUGAAGUCAAAUUGUCUUUACCACUUUACAGUCGUAAAUUCUUCAAAUAGAUCUUUUAAUUAAAUAAUUUGCUGCUUGCAUUAUUGUACCGUGGCUACUGCAUACACAGUGCGAAUCUAGAUUUUUACCUGAAACGUGCGACAGAGGUCGGAAUUAUUUUCCGGUGAUUGUCAACAAAGUCUACAGGCAAUGACCAUAGUGUAUGUUAAUAAUGAAUAAAAAGUGCACCAGGGCAUUUCGGAUAACCGAUGCUUCGGAUAAUUGUCGUUCGGAAAUAGGACACCCUAAUAAAUGUUUAAAUUAACAUUUCAUUACUAUAAAAAAAUUAAUCUAUAGAUCCCCAUUAGCCACAAAUUUUAUUGGUUAUGCUAUUUAUAUAUCUUUAGUGUGUUCAAUGGAAGAAUUGGAAAAACAAAAAACAAACAGCGAAAUCUUCGAUUGUCUUAAACUAGGAUACGUGCAUAAAUAUAUUGUGUCAAUUUAAUUUAUACUUAUUUCAAGGUCAGCAUUUUUCGAAACGUUUACCUGUGUGUUCUGUAAAAAAAAUAAAAAAUAAUUAUUAAAGCAAAACCUGUAUUGUUGUAUUGACACACAUUGUUCGUGUAUAAUUAAUCUACUUUAAAGCUUUAUCUAAGUCCAAGUACUGAAAUUUUAGAACAAACUUGAGCCUUUAUUAGUUAAACAAAUAUGUAGACACGGUUGUUUAAUGGCUCUUAAUCCUUAAAGAAUUGUAUCAAUAUGUCAAUGUGUAACGGAUACGUUCUUUCUACCCCACAUAACAAUCGCAGGGGGUAGGUUUUGUGCCACCCAAGGUUGGACAAUAUUUUUUUACGCCCCCCCCCCCCGCAGCCCCCCCCCCAACCCUCUUCUUUUCAUUUUUUCUACAAAAAAUACAAAAAAACAAAGAAAAUCUAAAGUUAUCUAAAAAUACAACACGUCCAUGCUAAGACAAAAGUGUGCAUCACUGGCUGGACGGCCUCAUCCUCACCACUCUCUCCUUCUGUUCACCACUGCAUUUACGAUAUUUGUAGGUUUGAGCAAAUAUUGGGAACAGUUGCACGCUUAUCCUAAGUUCGUCCGAGAUAAAAAGAAAAAAAAUACACCCAUUCAGAAUUGGUUAACUAUAUAAUAAACUUACAAUGAAAUCUCUUCAAAAUAAUUUAAUUUCAAGAAUAUUGUAAUAAUAUUGUUUGUUACAAAGUACAAAUUGCCCAGUUUUGUUUAUUUUGUUUCCCCCACCCUAAAUAAACGGAUGCAAUUUUGUAUCUAGGAUUCAAGCCUAUCUGUCUGCGCCAGGAAGGUCAUUGUAGCCAUACCACAGUUUGCUCUCAGCGAAGUCAAGUGGAAACCACUGCGGUGAGUACACAUGGAUUCUCUGUAAUUUUACAUCUUUUUAAAAAGUUUGUCAUUAUGAAGAAAUGAUCACGGUAAAUGUUAAAUCGAGGGUUCUCAAGCUCGAUGCAGCGCCGCAACUCUCAUGAUUUCAAUGUCUUUACCGCUCCCCCCAAAAUGAUUUUAACACAUGUUUCUGAAAUGCUAACAUAAUGGGAGAAAAAUUAUUUUCUGGGUCUUCUCGUUACCCAUGGCACUCUGACGAAAUCUUACUACAUAAAAACAGUUCUUAAAGAUCUCCAUUGGCUUACUUUGCAUGAGCGCACUGAGCACAAAAUUCUGCCCCUGAGGUACAGAUGUAUAGAAGGCACUGCACCCGAUUAUCUCACAGAACUGUUUUCUAAACAUGUAUCCUUACUGAACUUGCGCUCUUCAACACAGUCUUUACUGAGGGUUCCCAGUGUGGAUCGACACAUAAAGAAGUCAAACGGAGGGCGCCCUUUUAAAGCUGUAGUGCCUAAAUAAUGGAACAGUUUGGCUAAAUCUUUGAGUUGAAUUGAAGAUGAAAAACAAAAACCAUUUCAGAAAAAUUUGAUGAUAUUUUUCUUUAUGUAGAUUUGAGGACAUAACGAGCGCGCUAAAAUAGCAUCGACACGAGCGCCAUAAAAAGUAUUGAAUCAUUGCCAACUCUGGUUCAGAUCUCCUGCGUUAAAUCUUUGGUUAAAUUAUUUUAAAGCACAUCCUGUGUGCUUAUUAUAUUAUUAAAUUGAUUUGGAUCAGUCUAACGUCAUUUCACAACUUGUUUAUGCUAAUUUACGGUUCUGGAAACGUUAUUUUGUUCUUGCGUGUUGAGGUAAUUUUUAUAACUUUUAUCUACAAAAGUACCAUUUUGCAAGUUGCAUUUUACGAAAGCUUUCUCAAAAAAUGACAUCAGCUGUCUUUCAAAGAGCCGUAUAUGACCACGAGAAGCUGUUACACGACCUUUACGUUUGUUCUUGGCUCUGUUUGAAGUGAACAGCACCAAUUCACUUUACGUCACGUUUUGUAAAAACGUCUUAGUAGAAAUUUUAAUCGUGUCUUUAAAAUAUAAGUUACGAGCGAACCCACUGUUACCAGGGUCAUACAUUUGAUUAUUUAAAAACAAAAAUGGUUUAGAGUUACAGAGUUUACACAAACUUACCAGGAAUCACCCAAAGUUCAAGAAUUUUUACCAUUGCAAAUUUGGCUUUGAUCAAUUGCUUGGUUUUAACUUUGGUUAAUUAAUAUUUGCAAAUAAACAUAUGCGCAAAUAUAUUUAUUCAGUCUCACAGAGUUUUUUUAUGUGGUAUAUGUUUUUAAAAUGUUUUCUUAUUGCCACCGUAUUUUGUAUUUCUGACAGAGAUGACCGAGUCGACGAAGCCAUCAACGCAGUACGUCCUGUCGUGGGCUGCAAGGUUUUCAUGAGCUUCUCGGAGCCCUGGUGGUUGGGCAACGCCUCUGCCCACCCCUCCUACACCACCUACUCCGAUAUGAACUUCAGUAAGUUCUUCCACUGGGGGCGCUCUAAUGUUUCCGGUGCCUACGUCAUACUGGCCAGCUACGCGGAUGAAAACAAGGCGAAGUACCUGGAAAGCCUCAACGCUAAAGGCAAAGUCACCAGCGGUUCUCCUAACGGUGUAAACAGGGUGACUAUCACACUCAAGAACGAUCUGUUAGAUCAGCUGUCGAAGGUUUACGGAAUAGCCAGGAAAUCUGUCCCAGAACCGCUGUCGGCAAUAUCCCAGUUCUGGAAAGGUUAUCCUUUCGGGGGUUCUUGGUCACUUUGGAAAUAUGGAUACCGUUACGAUGACGUCAUAUCGACCGUGCAGCGUCCAUCUUUGACGGAUGACGUGUUUCUUGUAGGGGCAGAUCACUCUCGUGGUCACCAUGUCGGAUGGUCUGAGGGCGCCUAUGAGACCGUGGACAGAGUGUUAGAUCUGUACUUCUUUUAA